AUGUUGAGAGCUGCAUGCAACACAUUUGUCCGUCACAAUGGCGUCAGAUCGUACGCGACCCUGAAAGAGGUCGAAAUGCGUCUGAAGUCGAUCAAGAACAUCGAGAAAAUCACCAAGACAAUGAAAAUCGUCGCCUCAACCAGACUGAGUAAGGCGGAAAGAGCGAAGGUCACGGCGAAAAAAUUCGAUAACGCGGACCAGCAAUUCUACCAGAACGCGGAAACCAAGCCUCUCACGGCGGAGAGCGGGGACGCAGACAGCUCGAAGGAACUGAUCAUUGCGAUCACCUCCGACAAAGGGCUGUGCGGGUCGAUCCACUCGCAGUUGGCCAAGGCGGUCAGAAAGCAUUUGAAUGACUCUUCGGAUGCGGGAAAUGUCGACGUUGUCACGGUGGGGGACAAGAUCAAGGUUCAGCUGUUGAGAACGCAUGCUAGCAACAUCAAGUUAGCCGUCAACGGUACGGGUAAAGAGGCGCCAACCUUCGAAGAAUCGUCGCUGAUCGCGAAUAAGCUGUUGUCUCUCGGCGCGGAGAAAUAUCCAAAGAUUUCGAUCUAUUACAACGAUCCCGUCAGUUCGAUCUCUUUCGAGCCAAAAGUCAAGCCUGUCUUCAACGCCAAGACCAUCGAGGAGUCCCCAAAGUACAGCAAGUUCGAGAUUGACAACGACUUGAAGGUCUCGACCGAUUUGUUCGAGUACACGCUAUCAAACAAGAUUUUAACGGCGAUGGCAGAGGGCUACGCCGCUGAAAUCUCGGCAAGAAGAAAUGCUAUGGAUAACGCUUCGAAGAACGCCGGUGACAUGAUCAACAGGUACUCUAUCUUGUAUAAUAGAACGAGACAAGCGGUCAUCACUAACGAAUUGGUCGAUAUCAUUACGGGUGCUUCUUCUCUGGAUUAG